UCCAUUAAGGAAACACACACACAACUUCGUGAAACUACAUAGUCUUCGUCAAUAUAGCAAUUUAACUUGAGUUUCCAUCCCCUUUGUAUAAGAAGACGCAGCAACUCCAAUCAAGCAACCACUAAUCUUUCUGAAACUACAGGUUCCAUUGGAGAAUAGAGAAAGCUUUUAAGAAAAAUGGCUGGAGGGUCCAUUGGAGAUAAGAUUGGAUUGAAAGAAGAGCUUAUCAAGAAGGCAUGUUCCUUUGCCUUCAAAGCUCACAAGUUACCACAAGAUAAGUAUUAUCUUCUUGAAAAGAUUCGGACUUCUUCUGAAGCUAACCUUAUUAUUAGCUUUUCGGGAUCUUGGGAUGCUGCUGAUUGGUUUGUUAGUAAACCCUUUGGGGAAACAAAGAUAGAUCUUGAACUGUUCCCUUCACUUAGAAGUAUUGGUAACGAUGAACCUGCUUUGGUGAAUGAAGCUUUUUUAAAGAGAUUCAAUCUCAUAUUGGGAAAGUCUUCUAUUAAAUCUGAGGUGAAUAAAGCUAUGACAGAAGGGAAGCAAAUAAUAUUUACAGGGCACUCCUCUGGAGCUGCAGUGGCAAUUCUUGCAACGUUUUGGGCCUUGGAAGAGUACCUUAACCCAACCAAAAACCAAAACCACAAGCCUCCUUUCUGUGUCACUUUUGGGUCUCCCUUAGUUGGUAAUCAUAUUUUCUCUCAUGCUUCAAGGCGAGAAAAUUGGUCUAGCUACUUCAUACACUUUGUGAAGAGAUAUGACAUAGUGCCACGGAUUUUUCUCACUCCCUGCUCUUCCAUUGAGCAAAAUUUUAGCUCCAUUCUCCAAUCUUUCACCCCCAAGUACAAAGCUUCAUCCCAAGAUUCAAUAAGAAGAGGUAAUGUGACUUGUGAAUUUUACUCGACUGUGAUGAGGAAUGCAGCAACUGUUACAAGCCAUGCUGCCUGUACUCUUAUGGGCAGCACAAAUCUGUUACUGGAGACAGUGACAAAUUUUGUUGACUUAAGCCCUUAUAGGCCCUUUGGAAAAUACAUCUUCUGCAAUGGAAAUGGACAACUGAUUGUGAUAAGUAACUCGGAUGCUGUUUUGCAACUCUUGUUCCACACUGCUCAGCUAAGCGAUUUGGCAGAACUUUCUGAAGUUGCUAGCAAAAGCAUAUUGGAACAUCUAGCAUAUGAAGAUGAAUUGCAGGAUAGCUUGGAAAUGCAGAAUGUGGUGUACUUAGACCAACUUGAAGAUCUUCCCUUGUCUGCUGAUGGUUCAAAUAGUGAUAUUGCCACAACUAGCACGGCCUUAGAUGGCCUUGGAUUGAGCACUAGAGCAAGACUGUGUCUUCGAGCAGCUGGUGAGUUGCAAAAACAAAAAAACAGAAAUGAGGAAAAAAUCAGUAAGGAGAUUAAGGAGAAAGCUCAGGGAAGCAUGGGAGAACUUGAAGCAUACAAAGCAACAUGUGAGAUACACACGGGGAAGGGUUAUUAUUAUGCCUUCAAGGUGCAAAAGGAGGGAAAGGACUUCCAAGCAAAUGUGAAGAGGCUUGUGCUGGCAGGAGUUUGGGAUGAGAUCAUUGAAAUGCUAAAGAGGUAUGAACUCCCAGAUGAGUUUGAAGGGAAACAAGAAUGGAUUAAGCUUGGAACCAGCUUUCGUCGUCUUGUGGAGCCUCUAGAUAUUGCCAACUAUUACCGCCAUUCAAAGGAUGAAGAUACAGGACCUUACAUGGAUAAGGGAAGGCCAAAACGAUAUAGAUACACUCAAAGAUGGCUAGAACAUGCUAAUAGGGUGACAAAAGGAGUUAUCUCUGAAUCCAGCUUCUGGGCUGAGAUGGAAGAGCUUUGUCGCUGGAAUAGUAACAAGAAACCAUUUGAAGGUAUCAAGGAAAGGGUUGUGCAACUUGAACAAGGCAUUAAAAAGUGGAUUGAUAAAGGGGAACUAACAAAGAAUGUGUUCUUAAAGGAUCCUACAUUUGUAAAAUGGUGGGAAACUCUUCCUGAGGAAUACAAGGUCACAUCAUGCAUCGGUAGUCUCAUUACUCUGAAAGUAUAGUGAUCUAUCUAUAUUUCCACUCAAAAUAAAGCUGUAAAACUAGGAGUAGUUUUGUAUGUUUUCUCAUGUAGUGUGUUAGAUGUUUUCUCGUGUUGUAUUCCUAAUAUUUAAGAAUCCCGAGUUUGGUGUAACUUGUGAGUACCACUAAUCUUUCAGAUUACUGGAAGUAAUGUAUUUGUUUGAUGUUUGGCUUGUGUGCAUUAACAAUGACUUGGUUGGAUC